CUUGCAAAACGUUUCCGAGCCUUUAUCCCAUUAAAACUAGACCUAAAAUACUUUAUUUUACUUUCACAAUGGGUGCAAACCCCUCCAAAGACGAACCCCGAAGACUAACGCGUGAAAGCGAAACGGAAAAUGAUACUGGCUUUGAAGAUUUAGGGCGAUAUCAGGGGGCGAAGAAAGAUGGCAAGCGUCAUGGACAAGGGAUUUAUUUUUUCGACAAUGGUGAUAUUUAUGACGGAGAGUGGCGUAAAGGGCGAAAGGAAGGCUUUGGAACUUAUCAGUUUUCAGACGGAAACAAGAAUAUUGGUUGGUUUUAUCGAGACCAGUAUGUUGGAAAGGAACCUAAUGAAAAACUAAAAUGGAAAAUGAAAAAGCACUUGCUAUCUGCAGAACAAAAUCAAACAUUAAAUAACGCAGAGUUAUCCCAACCCAGAGAACCCAAAACUACUGAACUCAAUUCACAGAGUGAUGAGGAAAUAGAUGACAAGAUUCCAAAAUUAAAAGACCCAACCACCCUUGACCUUAGACGUGCAGAAAGUAUGCGACGGCAACAAUUUUACAGAGCAAAAUACAAUAUUCCUGACAAAAACAAUGAUCCAGAGACUGCAAAAAAUGAUGCUCAUGGUUUAAGGGAAUCAAUACGUGCAAAAUGGGGUCUUAAACGAAGUAAAUCAUGUAGUGCAGGUACUCGUAGGAAAGAUCCUAGGCUACUAACAAAGGAAGAGGAACAAUUGGAACGGGAAAGAAGUAAACAACAAAGGGAAGCAAUACGAGCCAGAUACAAUCUACAUUAAUAGAUAAUUAUUAGAAUAUUAUAUAGUGCCAAUAUUGAAAUUGUAUAAUAAUUAUAAGCUACUUGCCAAAAUGGCUGCCACUUAUUAGCAGAAAUUUACUUCCAACCUAACACAAAAUAACCCUUGAAAUGUUCAAGAUAUCGUCAGUGUAAAAUACUAGUAUAAAUUCCAAUAAACCCACAGAGAUAUGAAUUUUUCAGAACAGAAAAAGUUACAGAGAAAUACAUGUCUGGGGGUAUAAGCGAAUUGCCCCAACCAUAAAUUUUCUGUAAUUUAAAAAAUUACAUCUCUUUUGGUUUUCAUUGGAGUGUUUCAUAAACUGCAUACAGCAGAACCAAACAGUUGCAUACAGACUAGUAUUUCAAGGUAUAUUUUGUUUUUGUUUGUGUUGAAAAGAAAAAUUAUGCUAAUGAGCAGAGGGUCUGGAAGUUGCCAAAGCAAGUAUUAAUGAAUAUUCAUCACUUAUGGUAUUGAUAAAUUCAUCCCAGAUAGGCCAUCCAGUCUGCAAUGCUGGAUGGCCAUUAGAAGUAUAUAUGGCUAUAAAAUUACUCUUUAUCCAACCUAAGGACUUUGUUUGCUGAAGUGUACAUAAAAAAACACACACACACAAAGAAAACCAAUUAAAAAACCAAAACCAAAAAUACAAACAAAAACAAAACAGUUGACUAAAAUAGACUACUUUCGACAUUGGUCGAAUGGUCAUGCACAAGUCAGAGGAGAAUUUUGUAUUGCUUGGACCCUCAUUUUCAAUUCUUUUGUGUGUGAUUAGUCUUGACCAAAAUAUCAAAACUUAGCUAUUGUCUCUAUUGUUUUUAUGGACAUUCUUAAUGGAAGAUUUUGUACCAUGUUAAUGAUUCAUGCAUAAAAGGCUUGUUGUUUAAGAAAUAGUAAAGGUGCUAUUUGUGAAUCACAUUUUUUUACAUUUUGGAUGGAAUAUUCUUAAGGCGGCAAAUACGAAAAAAUUCCUCAACUUGGUGCGAAAAAUUGUUUCUGUUCAAGUUGAGCAUCAUUGUUUCUCGUUUUUCAUGAUGUAUUUUUGUUGCAUGACUACUGCAUGAAAAACAAGAAACAUCGAUGCUCAACUUGAACAGAAACAAUGAGCUCCUGUGAACAUGGGACCUGUAACAUCAUCUUAGUUACGGUUCUCAAGAUGUCUAUGUGCAUUGUAUGUUUUCUGUGGAAAAAUGUGUUGUUUUAUAUAAGCUUUACCAAUAGCACAUAUACCUAUUUCAAAAAAUGUUGUCAGGGAAAACGACAAUUGUCGUAGAGAGAUUGCACAGCCGAAAGGGACUUUGGUUACACUAUUUUGACAAACAGAACUUCACUUAUUGGAUAUAUCUUGCAUAGAAAUGGAGACUAAAUGGAGUCAAUGUUUACCACAGACUACUUUACAGUACAAAUCAGUUGUUAUUUCUUAUCAACUACCAAAACCUAUAUAAUGGUUUCUUUUGGUUGUGCAAUUGUCAUUUGACAGUUGACAUUCGCCAUUUUAUCCGGAAACGACCUUUUUUGAAAUAGGUAUAUAUGCAUACAUUGUAUAGUCAGUGACCAAAGGUUGUCGUCAACUGGGUUUCUGGUUAAAAAUCAAUGAACUGGCAAAUUAGAGAUUUGAACACCUUUGUGAUUAAGAACUUAAGAACAAAAAUUAACAAAUCAAGGGAAUUUAAUUAUGCACGCAUGUGAUUUUUGCAUUUCACAUUGUGUUCCAUCAUGGUGGGGAAUACAAUGUUCAUUACUCAUCUACAAACAUGCUGCUGAAGGAUAAUUUCUCAAGAUUAAACAACGUUCAAUGUUUGUCUUCAAGUUAAAAAAAAAAAGAGAAUAAAAGCAAAACAAAUUGGCACUGGAAGGUGUUGUUAUGAUUAUGUGUCAGAUUUCAAUAGAAAAUAACACCAACACCCUAAGAAUAGACUGUAUUUUCUGUCCUGCACGUAAAAAAAUGUGAUUCACAAGCACUUUAAAACCUAAUAGCUCUUUAAUUUCUCUACAAUGUUUCAAGCUUAAUCAACAAGAGUGAAUUCCAUAAAACCAAAGCCAACUAGCAUGUAAAUGUGUACUUGAAACACUCUCAUCCAUUCUUAGUAUAAUUCCUUUGUGCUGUCUUGAAUAUCACAUUAUGCUCAUUUCUUUUGCAAUUUGCAUGGUGCCACUACAUUACCAAGAACAGAAUGCUUGGCGCACUUUCUUUUGUUUUGCAAUUACCCCAACAGAAUGCUGUCAUAUUUUCUUUGUUAUUCAGAUUGUAAUGCCUUUGUAUAUAACAGUAUUACAAUGGGGACUAAUUACAUAUUACAAAAGAAAGCAGGCAUGAACCAUUCUGGUCUUGGUAGUAUGUGACACUAUAAAUAGCCUAUUGAUGGUAAAUGCUGUUUUGUUGCUGGUCGACAUCCAUUAUAUCAUGUAUAUAUUAUCUUAGAAUCAAUUUAUAGAUCAAUUAAAAUACUUUUUGUAAAAGGCUAUGAAAUCUGAAUAUGCUAAUAAACAUUAUUGAAAAUUA